AUGGAUGCGUCUAAAAUCAGCCGCAGGUCACUGCUCCUCAUGUAUCCUUCAGUCAGGCUUUAUAAACAGCAGCUCUCCCGUCCCCCCUCCUCUCCUCCUCCCCCCUCUCCCUCCCCUCCCCCUCCUCCCCCCUCCCUCCUCCUCCCCCCUCCCUCCCCUCCACCCUCCCCCCUCACCUCCCCCUCCCCUCUCGACUCGUCCUCCCUCAGAUUAAUUGACUAA